UGAAUUGAUACUGACACCCCUACAACAUAAUGGAUGUACCGGUACUGAUUCCUCCAUCCCAAACCACGUGUGUUGCGAAGCAUGCAAGCUGCGUCAGGCAAUCAUAAGCCACUGUACAAUCCACGCUAUCACGUCGCCAGCGCCAGAGUCUACCCGGAAGCAAAUCGGACCAGACCGCUGACAAGAGAACAACAACAGUUCACAGUCCAGCGAACGCCUCAGAUAAAAGUUCAGCCCAUACUUGUAGUCCUACUUUGUCAAGAUGGCCAGUGCUCACUAUGAAUGCAAGAUUGGUCCAUCUAUUUUGAACUCUGACCUUUCAGCCCUGGCAGAUGAGUGUCACAGGAUGAUGGACAGCGGAGCUGACUAUCUACAUCUUGAUGUCAUGGAUGGGCAUUUUGUUCCAAAUUUAACAUUUGGUCAUCCUGUUGUCAAGUGCCUGAGAGAAAAGGUCACCAAUGCAUUCUUUGACAUGCAUAUGAUGGUUCUCAGUCCAGAAAAGUGGAUUGAGCCGAUGAGUAGUGCAGGAGCUAACCAAUAUACAUUCCAUGUUGAAGCCACUGAUGAUCCCAAGAUGGUCAUUCGUCAUAUCAAGGAAGCUGGCAUGAAGGUUGGUAUAGCGAUGAAGCCAGGUACUCCUAUUGAUGUAGUUCUGCCCUAUGUGGAAGAAGUCAACAUGGUUCUUGUGAUGACGGUGGAGCCUGGAUUCGGGGGUCAGAAGUUCAUGGGUGACAUGAUGACAAAGGUGAAGAAGCUAAGAGAGAUGUACAAGAGUCUAGACAUUGAAGUGGAUGGGGGUGUAGGACUCUCUACCAUCGAUGCUGUAGCAGAGGCGGGAGCCAACAUGAUUGUUUCUGGUAGUGCAAUCAUGAAAAGUGAUAACCCCAAACAAGUGAUUCAAUCUCUGAGAGGCAGCGUCCAAGAUGCCAUACAGAAGGCCAACCUGGAGAGGUAGCAGCAAAGUACUUGCAUUCCACUUUGUUUUGCAUUAUAUUAUUAUUUUAUUGUACAUUAACCUUGAGCAUAAGAAAUGGGAUAAUUUUUGUAUUAAACCUAGGGGAAAUGAGAGAAUUGAGAAGUGAUUAGGUUAAUGUACCUGGAGAAAUGUUAUUUCCUAUACAUUGAGCUAAGUAUUGGUAGUUCGUAUCUGAGGUGAAGAAUACUUGGAUGUAAAAUUUUUGGAAAUGCAUGUUUCAUGAGAAUGGAAUGCAUACAAAUGAGGUUUAGCUUAGGGAAAGGGUAAUAGCUGGAUAUAUUACCAUAAUAUGUGUCUGGUUACAUAUUUGAUAUGUUUCAGAAUGUUUUUGAGUUAUAAACUCAUAUUUGUACCAGUAAAGUCAUGAAUACCUUAGAGCACAGAUGUCUAAUUUUUAAAAAUAAAAUGUAUAUAUAUUGGAAUUGAAUUCCAUACAUUUGUUUGGCUUAGUAAACAAAACAAAACUAUAAUGAUAUUCAUUAGACUCACUUAUUCUUAAUCCGUCAAAAAGGUCAAUUGGAGUUAAACACCUUUAAAACUCACUCUUAGUUAUGUUAAUUCAUUUUACACAUUAAUGCUCAGUAUUAGGUUCUUUUACUGUACCUGUGGUUAGGAGAGAGAUAUAAAGAUUUUAUUUUACUUAACAUGUUUUGAAGUGUUGAAAUAUGUAUUAUCCCCUUGUCAGUGUAUUAAACAACACUUGAGAUAGAAGUUAUUGAUAAAUAGACAUUGAAAUGGGUCUUUUCCUAUCAAAAAGAAUUCAAAAGAUAGAUCCUUGUAUUCCAUGUGUAAUGUUCAAGAUAUUUCAUUGUUUUAGAAUUUCUGUCAAUUAAUCUAACAGU